UAAUAACCUUUUUAUUUUAAAGAAAAAAAAAGUACAACCUGCUUCAAUUUUUUGUAGCCUUUUAGGAUAUUUUAGUUUCAUCUACAUGUGUAAGUGUGAUUCUGUGUUAUACUGUAGAAAAUAUUUUAUUAUUUUCUGUGUCAUUAUGGUGAUAUUAUAAAAGGUGUAUUUGCUGCCCAAACCACAGUGCCGACUCUUAAGCAAAAGGGUAAGAUUCCUGUUCAGGGGGCAAAAACACCCGAAUCACCUAAGCUGAAGAGUAAGUUCACCAGAAUACCAAAAGAGAAAGAACCAGAACCAGAGGUCAUUAAGCUGAAGAAGGUUCCAGUGAAACCUCCAGAACCAGAGAAACAAGCCGUAACUCAUAAGGCAGAAGUGACGAGGCAUCACGAUCCAGAGCUAACAGUUCAUGGGCUCCAUGACAGAGACGAUCGGGAGAUAAUCACACUUGGUAGAACUGAACGAGUGUUCACUGCAGAUGAGGAAACUAUUGAGUUAAGCCAUUUUGAGGAAAUGGAAAGCCUUACAGUUGUGCAAAAAUCAGAACCUGGCGAAUGGACAAGAACCUCAAAACCUCAGAAAGACGAGGCACCGGAGGAGCCGCACGUCUCAAAGAAGAAAAUAACCAAAUUGCCAAAAGCAGAUGAGCAAAAAGAAUCAGUGAAACUAAAACCAUUUGAAACAUUUGGGAAACAAGAUGCUGAAUUACAAGCAAUCAAACUAAAAAAGGUGCCACCUAAACCAAAGGAGCCUGUAAAGGAAGUCAUAACUCAUAAAGUUGAAGUGACAAGGCAUUAUGAUGCAGAAUUAACAGUCCAGAAACUUCGUGAUAGAGAGGAUCAAGAGUUAGUAACAGUUCAGAGAAAGGAACGAGUUUUCACAGCAGCUGAGGAGACAUCUGAACUCAGCUAUGCAGAGGAACCUGAAAAACUGGAGGCAGAAGAUGAGAAAUCAAGAUGGGUAAGAGCCCCAAAAGCACCAAAAGAAGAUGAACCUGAGUCAGAUUUAAAUAAAAAGAAAAUCAAAAAAUUACCAAAGAAGGACAAGGACCAGGAAGUAGUUACACUGAAACCAUUUCAAAAACCUCAAAAACAAGAACCAGCUGAACCUCCGAAACCUAAGACAGAAGCUGAGGCAAAAACAGAUACUGAGCGUAGUCCUUACAUGAGAGGUGAGCUGCCACAAAGAGAUCAACCUGCCGCUGCUAUAAAACACCAGACCGAUGAUGAUGCUCCACUGAUGAAUGACAAUGCAUCUCCAGAUAUCAACAAAGACCAAAAGGAAAUCCCACAUAAGAAAAAGGUUGAUCGAGUACCCAAAGAUGUAGAAACUACAGUGGCCGAAAAGCUCCGCGGAAAACCUAAAAUUAUUUCUACACCAGAUAAAGAGAAAGAGCAGGUUGUGUUGAAACCAUUUACUAAAAUCACCAAGCCCGAAGAAAAGCCAGAAAAAGCAUCAGAAGAGAAGAAGAAGCCUUUGGACACAAAGGUACCCAGUCAAGCAACUAAAGAGCCGAAGGAACAACUUAAGAAAGCUGAAAAGACUGUAACACCUAAAAAAGACAACGAAACACCUCAGGAGAAGGAGAAGCCAAGUCCUCCAGGUCAGAAAGAAGAAGAGAGACCGAGUCCUCAAAAACAAACAGAUAUCCAGAAGAAAAGUCCAGAAAUCAAAAAGACUCCUUCACCCAAAGUCAAGAUAAGUAAAGAUAAGCCUGAAGAGGAAAAGCCCCUCAAACCUAUUGAGCAGCUGAAGAAGGUUGAGCUAAAAAAGACCCCAUCACCCAAGAUAGAGAAAAUAAAGCCAAAUGAAGUGGAGCAAAUUCCCAUCGAGAAGAAGCCAAGUGGUGAAAAAGUCAAAAGGAUUCCCAAGACUGUUUCGCCAAAAGACUCCACUGAAUCUGUGACACUCAAAAAGGUGCCCAAAAAGCCCUCACCAGAGGCGCCCUCAGAACCCGAAAGGCCUAUUAAAGGGUGGAUCCCUCUGGUGAAGGAGAUCUCUCCUGGAGCUGUGGAGAUGAAGCGGGUGACAACCCAGCCAGAGGAGGAGGUAUUUGAAGAGGAGGGUGAAAAAAUGGUAGCCGACGAAGAUGAGGAGGUCUGGGACUGGGAGCUGGUUCCACCGGAAGACUGGGAAGGUGAAGGGGUAGAUGGGGCGCUGGAGACUCCAGGCAUGCCCGGCGCCAAGAGAGGUGAGGUGAAGGCCGGUGAACUCGUCCAGCUGAUGACUCUGGAAUCACCUCAUCCCAUCUCAGACGAUUCAUCUAAUCCUCAUCACAUCCAAUUUUACGUUUUUAAUCACAUUAUAUAUUUGUUCAUCUAAAGCUCAUUUACUUGUCUGUCUGUCCGUCUGUCUGUCUGCUCAUUUUCUAUCCAACCAUUGUGAUGUUUUUAAAUGGUCAUCAUCUUAAAUCUGUCCUCAGUUGUGUCAUCAGUGAUUCGAUGCUCAUCUUCAUCAGUGUUUUUAUUAUUCACUGCAACUUUUUGUUUUUCCGUUUCCAUCUCACCUUCAUCCUCAUCACUGAACAUAUUUUUUUUUUUACAUGUGUGUAAUUUGCUGUUCAGCUGUGAUAUGGAUACGAUCUUGAAUCUUGGCUGUUAGUUUUGUUAACAUCUUUAUCUUGGUUUGUGUUGGAGACUAGGAGAGAGCUCUUGCAAUGAAGCUUAAAACUUGUCUUACUCUUUCUU